GGGUUUUCUUCUUCUUCGAGUUACAACAUUUCGAAGGUAAGCUCUGAAGGAGGAAUUUAGAAGCAAAAGGAUGGUAACCGUCUUGGGGGGCACAGAUCAACAAAAAGCUGCAGGAUCACCAAGAGGAGAGGUGGGAGAGAUUGACACCAAGAAGCCAUUUCAAUCUGUCAAAGCUGCGGUUAGUUUAUUCGGUGAAGUAGCUACCAAUGGGAAACCUGCUGUCAGGAGAUCAAGGCUUUCUUCAGAGAAUGUGCUUGACAAGGAGACCCAAAUUGUAUUGGCUCAGAGAGACGUAGACAAGUUCAAGAGAGAGGGGGAGACUGCCGAAACUACUCGAGCUGGAGCGGACUCUGAACUUGAAAAGGCCAAGAGAACAUUGAAUGAUUUAACCACCAAGCUCAAAGCUGUAGAUGAGAACAAGAAAUUAGCCAUAGAAACAGCGGAAGCGGUGAAUGAAAAGGCUAAGAAACUUGAAGCAGCAAAAUCCCAACAACUCAUGGAAAAUGCUGCUCGGGAACUGGAACUGGAACUGGAACUGGAUGAGGCAAGACAACAGUACGAGAUGACUGCUUGUGAACUUGAUGCUGCAAAGGAGCAAAUCAACAAAAUCAGACAGGAUUUUGACGCUGCGUUGGAGGCAAAAUCAUCUUCAUUCAAGCAAGCAGCAGAAGCUCAGCGUUCAGCUAGAACAAACAAGGAAAGGGCUAGUGAUCUUUCACACGAAAUCGGAGCUAUGCAGGAAUCAGCUCGACAACUAAAGAUUGCCUCCGCACAAAUUCAAGAACAGCAGGCAAAGGUAGUGGCAGAAAAAGAUGCUCGCAUACGUGUUUGCAAGACUGUCAUGGCAGAAGCAGAGAAGAAUUUGGAGAUUUUGAAGAAAGAAUACGAUCCUGAGAUCACAAAGAAUCUUCAGGCAAAGCUCGCAGAAACAUCUGCGGAGAUUGAACUUCUACAAGAAGAGAUGAAAAAGGGUCAUGCCUUAGAAAUGGAAAGAAUGAGAGCUUUAACCAUCGAGUUCAAUGAAGCAACGAAGGCACUGCAAGAAAUUGCCAUCGAAGAGAGUUCUCUUCGAAAUAUGGUUACUUCCCUUCGAAUGGAAUUGGAAAAUGUGAAGAUGGAGAAAACUGAAUUGCUGGUGAAGGAAAUCGAAAAAGAAUAUGCUGUGAUAGAAAAAGAAACUGAAAAUGCUAGACGAGAAGCAGAAGAGAUGAAGAAUAAUGCUGAAGAGCUGAAGGAAGAAGCAAAAAAUGCGAGAUUACUGGCUCAAGAUGCUGAGGGAAAGCUAGAACUUGCUCUUAAAGUGGUUGAAGAAGCCAAGACGGCAGAAAAGAAAGCCCGCGAAGAGAUGAAGACACUAUCUGAAAGAAAGAGCAUUGAAGAUCAGGAUGCCGAUAAUAAGAUCAAAAUUUCUCUGGGAGAGUUUGAGAGUUUGAAGAAGAAAGUAGAUGAAUCAAGAAAUAUAGCAGAUACGACAGUGACCGAUGUCAUGGCUCAGGUAGAAGCAAUGAAUGCAAGCAAUAAUGAAGUAGAGAAGUUAGAGGAAAGUUUAAAAGCAAUUGAAGAAAUCAAAGAAGCAACUUCCAUGGCUUUGAGGUCAGCAGAAAUGUCGGAGGCUGCACAAAAGACCCUCAAGGCUCAACUCCAGAGGUGGCGUGAAGAGGAGCAAACAGUUUUGGUGGUAGCUUAAAGUUCUUUCAGGAUGGUAGG